AGUAGAGCGUUGUUUAGUAAAAGAGCCGCAUUUAAAGCUAGAAAAGCGCAGUUAGUGCACCGCGUGCAAGCUACGGCUAUACGUGUCCAUAACUCCCUCACAACGGAAUGGAGGAUAUGUACCCGCACCACCAUCAGCACCACACAUGCCAUAACAAGUAUUAUGACCAAGGUGCACGCACCUGUGUUCGGUCGGUUCCAAAGGACUACUACACUGAAUAAAGCUGGAAAAUCGAAAUCAACAAUCGACCGUGUAGAAAGAAUAUUUCGUGCCAUCUCGUAACUUACGCCCUGAUCGAUAGGCCGCCUAAGUGCGUACAAUAAACCGGAAAGUGAAUCACAUUGAAAAUGCAUACUUCCCUGGAACGUUUACAAGUCGUUUGAGAAAAGGUAGAAAUAUGUUUUGGUCGCUAUUUUGUUAAGUUGCUGAUAGAGUGCAAUUUUAAUGCUUUUACCUAUUUUUUAAACUUCCCAUUUGUGUGGUUCUUCGUAAUUUUACGAUCUAGUAAAGGUAAGUUAUUUUGUUUUUCAUUGUGUUGUUGUGUUUCAUUCUUGAACGAUUUUUUUUAAUAACUUCUCAAAAUAUGUUGGGCACGCCUCCACCAAAUAGCGCUGCUGCGCUGCGCUGUAUUGUAUAAUUAUUUUAACAAGUUCUAUUCGCUCAAAAUCUGAAUCCAUUCAACGUAGAGCUCUUCCACAAAGAGGAUAAAGAAAAAACAAACGAAUGUUGUCUAGCAACGGUGAAGAAUGUAUAUUAAGGCAAAAGACAAAAUUCACAUUUCAAGAGCAAUUAUGGGACAUCAAGUGUUCAUGAGACAGAAGAAAUAGAAGAUGGCCCUUCAACCGGUAGAAAGGUCGAAAUUAUUAACCAGAAACAUACAUACACAUACGUAUAUACCAAAGCCAAAGAAAGCAGUAUGUAGCAGUCUACUGGACCCUGAACUCAACGCUACGGAGUAAUUGCAAAAGCUUGACAAAAAGAACAGUGAACAAACUUCAACCAAAUAAAUCUACGACAAUAUAAAACACACUCAUUCAGCCAUCCAAGACAGAUUCACAAGGAAGCGAGUAGUUUGAUUUUGGGUUGCAAUAACCUCUUCACGUGCUAAGAUUUUUCGUUGCAUUAGCUUUCCAUACUACCCGUGAAUAAACUAUUCUAUUACUCAUGCAAUGAGUUUACCUAAUAACCACAUCCUACUAGCGGGGCCGUCCUUUUGAAUGCGGAUGUGGUGGUAGACAUCUGCCUGGUGCAGAUCUUUAGACUUGCAACGGAUGAGAAAAGGUAAUCAAUAUCUACAUAUUAUUUUACAUUUUCUUCAAGAAUACCGAACACGAAAAUCCUAUUUUAUCCAUGCACGCAUGCGGCAGGGUAGCGUAGGAACAAGUAGUUACAACAAGCACGUGGUGCACAAACAAAGGCCACAAAUUGAGAUAAUAGGAGGCGCAAUGGUAUCCGAUAUACUAGGACAAACAUGUACUCAUCACAAUAUAUUGAAGCAAAACAAAACUAUAUUUACUCAAGAUUUGAUCUCGGAUAGACGUCAGCUUUCGCAUAUUAAGAUCCAACGAACAGCGAAUGUUUUGGGAGUUGAUAAAACAGUGUGAUCAACCGUGCAUUCACUUCAGCCGAACAACUCAAAGAACCAUUUAACUGAGGAAUGGGAAAUUGUUGUCUAAAGGUAAAAAGAAGUCAUUCCAAUCGCAAAUGGAUGUGUGCAUGGUUGAAAUGAUCCAAAGGCGAUGCGUAACAACUGAAUAGAACUCAGCAAACAAAUGUUAAAUCAAAGUGAAACAGGCAGUCGUCGUUUCAUGAUGGACACGGUAAAAAAUAAAGCGCAAAUAAGCCAAAUCUAACAGCAAAAGCUAUCCACAGCGGUCACAGCAUCAUAAUGAUGCGGAAAUAAGCGGUUUUAAAAAGGCAAUAUGUAAAACGAAGGAAAUGUAAAAUGUUCAGAACAGAUGAAAACGAAACAUUGACCCACAAAAAAACCAGACAGCGUUUACAUACCAACGUACGUACGGCGAAUGGAAACAUUUAAACUACAAUUAAAAGUGGAUUAGAAGGACAGAUCGGUCCAUUAGAGCGGAUAUGUGUUCUCCCACAUUGUUGAGUAUAUAGAGCAAAGCUAAUAGCCAAGUAAGCGAACCAUGUAAGCGAUAUCGCAUCGAGUGGAGAACGACGGAGAAGUAAAGCUGACAAAAUGGAUCGUUCGAACUACGAAAACGGAUAACGAAACCGGGGGGUAGGUGAA